AAGCAUAUAAAUUUUUGCAAAAACCAAAAUAUUUCUUUUUUCAUAUAAAAAAAAUUUAUCAUGGAGCUUGAAAUUCUAUCUGGAAGACAGUCUGUAUUGCAACCUUUACCAACAUUGCCAUCGCUAACUGUACAAUUAUUAACAGUUUCUGUUAUCAUUUUACAGCGAACAAUCCGUCAUAAUUCAAUUAAAACCAGACAGCCAAUUGCUGAUCAAUAUGAUUUUCUUGUUCUCGGUUCUGGAACAGCUGGUUCUAUAAUUGCUGCUAGGCUUACAGAAAAUCCUAAUAUUACUGUGUUAGUGUUGGAAGCCGGUGGACCACAAACAGUUAUAACUGAUACGCCUAGCUGGGCUAGAGAAGAAGUUGGAACCGAAGUAGAUUGGGGCUAUGAAACUACAUCUCAAUUACCAUAUUCGGGCCGUGCUUUUGAUGGUCAUGUUGCGAUACCUCGUGGUUUAGUUGUUGGUGGUUCUCAUAAUCUAAAUUAUCUUGCCUACAGUCGUGGAAAUCGCAGAGAUUAUGAUACUUGGGUCGAAGAAUUCGGUGCGACCGGUUGGAGUUAUCGAGAAGUAUUACCAUAUUUUCUUCGAUCCGAAAACAAUACUGAUCCAAAAAUCAGAGCAAUAAAUCCUGAUUAUCAUUCAACAAAUGGUCCUGUCACUGUGAUGACACCAAAAAAUCCAGAUCCAAUAGUCAAUAUCUUUAAAGAGGAACUAAUAAAACGAGGAAUUCCUAAAGUUGAUCAAAAUGGACCGACACAAUUUGGAAUUAAUUAUUUUCAACAAACCAUAUUUGAAAAUGCAACUCGAUCCACAACAGCAAGUGCCUAUCUUGAAGCUAAUGUUGAAAGGCCUAAUUUACAAAUCCUAACCAAAGCAUUUGUAACUCGAAUCUUGUUUAAUGAAACUCGUGAUAGUGAUGGCAGAAUUACAGCUAUCGGUUUUGAAUAUGAAUAUGAAAAUCAAACACGACAAGUUUAUGCAAAACGAGAAGUCAUACUUUGUGCAGGUGCAAUAAAUACACCACAAUUAUUGAUGUUGUCUGGAGUUGGACCGUCUGAACAUCUAAGUGAAUUUGGAAUCGAAACUCUUGUCAAUUUAUCAGUUGGAUAUAAUCUGAAAGAUCAUAUACUUGUUCAAUUGGAUUAUGAAAUUUUCAAUGAAUCACUUAUUACUUCGGGAAUUGAUUGGACACUUGAAAAUAUGUACAAUAAUUUCGUCAAUUCUGCUGGUCCAUUAUCUCAAUUUCCCAUUGCUUAUAUGUACUUUAAUAGUCAUAUGAAUAAUGAAACUGAUUGGCCUGAUAUUCAAAUUGAUUUUACCGUUAGUCCAUUGGUGAAUGAUCUUGAACAAAUUGUUGCACGAUAUAGCCCCGUUUAUCGUGAUCAAUGGCGAGACUAUUAUCGUCCACAUGUUGGCCAAAGAAAUCGUUUAGGUAUUCUUUGUUUUCUUUAUCGACCACGUUCAAUUGGUCGACUUUAUCUAAACUCAUCCGAUCCUCAUGAUUAUCCAUUGAUUGAUACACGUUAUUUGACUGAACAAUAUGAUGUCGAUGCAAUGAUUGAAGUUAUAUCAACUGCUUUGGAAUUAGCAAGCAUGCCACCAUUUGAUCAAUAUGUACGAUUAUAUCGCCAACCAAUACCUGGUUGUCAGCUUUGUUCUAGUGGUCCAAUCUGGAAAUGUCGAUCAUAUCUGGAAUGUUAUGCGCGAACAAUCACAUCAACAGUUGGACAUCAAGUUGGUACUUGUAAAAUGGGUAAUACAACUGAUUCAGUUGUAGAUCCAAGAUUACGAGUACGUAAUGUUAAUCGUCUUCGUGUUAUUGAUGGCUCGAUCUUUCCACAGAUUACCAACGGUAAUACUAACGCACCAAUCAUGAUGUUUGCUGAAUACGGAUCAGAUAUGAUUCAACAAGAUAAUGGUAUAUAAUUUUAAAUUUUAAA